AGUGGGCCCUGCCGGGGUUGGUGGACUUGAGGUGAGGCGCUAGGUGGGUUGGUGAGUUGGUGGGUGGGCCGGGUCGUGCGGCCUCGGCUUCCGGCCUUGCCUCCCCUCGCUUUCCGCCGCGGGCCCACGAUGCCGCAGUACCAGACUUGGGAGGAGUUCAGUCGCGCGGCCGAGAAACUAUACCUCGCCGACCCUAUGAAGGCACGUGUGGUUCUCAAAUAUAGGCAUUCUGAUGGGAGUUUGUGUAUUAAAGUAACAGAUGAUUUAGUUUGUUUGGUGUAUAGAACAGACCAAGCUCAAGAUGUAAAGAAGAUUGAGAAAUUCCACAGUCAACUAAUGCGACUUAUGGUAGCCAAGGAAUCCCGCAGUGUUGCCAUGGAAACGGACUGAAUGGUUUGAAAUGAAGACUGUCAUGUUAUUAGGAAAUAAAUAUCUUUUGAGUAUGAGGAAGUGUUGGAACAGAGAAUACUUUAUGUAACUAAGCAGGCUGUUUAAAAGCCUAGAGGUCAUCUUGUGUACUUUGCCUUUUAAUGUUUACUUUAGAGAACUAGGAAUGUAAAUGCUUUCAGUCAGAAAGCCUUUAUUUAUUUUUGGAAAUUGAACAAGAAAUGCAGCUAUCUUGGAAACUUUUUGCAGAUUAUUUGAUGUUACGCAAAAAAUACAUAAUUAUUCUCUGGUAAAUUUGUAUCAGUAAUUUGAAAAUGAGACCAAGAAAAGCCAAUUCUUCCUAAAUUUACUUAAUCUUUCCUUAAAAGAAAAUUGAAUGUAACCAUUUUGCUGAGUUGAUAUAUUUCUUUUGGACCAUAAAAUUUGUGCUGUUGGUGACCAACAAAUAUAAAUAUGGUAACUGGAAUUGACUGUGCACAGCAGUAUAACUGAUGAUCUGUUGUAAUAUAGUCUCAAUUAUAUCUAAAAGUAAUUAUGAAAACUUAAACUUUCCAAAUUCAAACUAUGUUUUUUAAUAUAAGGAAUUGUAGUAUCAUUACCUUGUUGAGCAAAGACUUACUUUGAAUCUGGUUUUUAGUGCUCACAAACAACUAAAGUUACUUUAAAUGCAUGAAGAGAAUGAUCACUCAUGGGCUGAAACUACCAUCUACAGAAAUAUUUGUCUCGUAUUUCCCAUUAAUAUUUUCUCAGAAGGGCUGAUUAUUUGAACUGUUAAAUCUUUGCAUACCUCAAUGGUACCUUGUCCAUUUCCCUGUUUACUUAACCAUUGUUAAGCAUGACUGUCACAAAUGUUAUAUUUUCCAUUAAACCAGAAGUAUGAUAUUACGUGAUACUCACCGUACAUUUGGAACCUGAAUUAUAUACCUAAAUGUAAUGGUCACAUCUUGAGGCCUACAUUAAUAUAUUUUUUGUCAGGAAUCUCUUGUGUUGAGCAAAGUUCCGUGAGCCAUAUGAAUUUUGGCAUGUUUCAGAGAGGUCUGUAAGUAAAAUAUUAAAUGAAUAUAUAUUAUUUCUCUCAAGGUUUUUAACUUCACAAGAGUUACUGACUUCUUGACGGGAUGUACUGUAUUCAGUUAUUGUAAAGUGAUGGAAGUAAUUUCACUGUCUAUUUUGUUCCUUAGUACUUUUUUAUUAGAGGACUUUCUCUGGACUGUAUGUUGAUGGCAAAAUUGUUUUCUUGAUUAAGGAAAAUAAUAUCCAAUAGUGUAAGAGUUUUUUGGGUUUGGAGUUUAUUCCCCCCAGAAUUAAUGGGAUUACUGGAGCAUUUUUUUGGCCUUUUUCUUUCUCAUUUACGUCUUCCACUUUUUAACACUACUUUAUAAAGAUAACCUGGAAGGGAAAGACUGGUAUUUGAGUUCUUAUAGCCUACAGCACAGUCAUUAAGAACAGAGGCUCCAAGGCAGACUGCCUGGGCUGUAGUCUUGUCUACUGCUUCGUAACUCUGUCAUUUUAGACAAGAUACUUCUCUAAGCUUCCAUUCUCUUCUCUGGAGAUUGGGCUAACAAUAGUACUCAGAGGACUUUGGGAGAGUUAAAUGAUGUGAUUUAGUUUAAGCCCUUAGCACAAUCCCUGGAAUGUAGUAAAGGUCAAUAAAUUGUAGCUGUUAUUAUUGCUAGUAUUGUUAUGAGUGUUGGUUUUUCAGGGGAAAAGGGUAUAAGUAGCCAGCUCGUGUUUUCAUAGUUUUAAUUAAAUUAUUAUAGGUAAUGUCUGCUUUUUUUGCUGAGCCAUGUCUAUUAUUAAAUGACUUUUUUUUGGCACUUGGCAAGCAAAUUGAGAUUGCCCCCCUGGGGAGUAUCUUUUUGUGGGGAGAAACUGAACUCUAAUUCUAAAACUUGUAUUUGUUUGUGUCUGCACAAAGUAAAACUACUAAGAGAACUAGUUGGUGGUAAAAGUAUCAAAUCUCUUAAAAACAAUAUAUAAAUAAAACACUGAAUCAUAGUAUAAUCUGAA